GUCAGCUUCACCGGUACACGACAGUUCCAUCAUCAAUUCGCAAUGCAAAAAUCCUACAGUCGGAAAACGGCUUCUCGGUUCAGGACAGAAGAAGAACUCCAUCCACUGCCGGAAGAUACCGUAGAGUUUCGCUACAAAGGUCAACUGUUUUCGAUCCCUCGGAGCGAAUAUAACCGACCACUCACACAGCAGGAGGUUGAACAAUCUGAUUCUGUUGGAAGUGGGGAGCUUUUCCGACUUGUAUCUGAUGGUAGAACUCAACCAUCUGGCUCCGCACACAGCAGAAAAGAAAUGUCAGCAGAAUCUUCUAGAGCUCGUUUCAGCCAAGGAGAUGCAGGUCACCAAUCGUUGAAGAUGAAAAAUGCUUUAGACGAGAGUUUACAGUUCUUUAAGAAUUUGGAAGAAAGUUUCCGUCAAACUGCAAAUUUACCGGAAGAAAACUCCAGCAAGAAAACGGUAGAGGAAGACCCUAUUGCCACGGAUAACAUUUUUACGCUUGAAGACCUCGUCGAAAGCAAAGAGACUAUCAUUGAGCAACCAAUUACCAAGAACCCAUCCCAACAAACCGUAUCCCGUUCCGACUCCUGCAAAGCACCCAAUCCAUCUACCGAAAGCCUGAAACUGCGCAAACCCGAAGAAGUGACCGUGAAACUGUUUCAGCUUAAAUCCAAAGUGGUCAAUCUGAUCGAUCAGACCAUCAGCCAGAUCGAAUCGAACGAAGGGGAUGCUGCUGGGGUAGGGAAUCAUCCGAGCUCGUCUAUUCCACUACAUCCCAGUGGAGAUGGAUCGACGCUGGACUAUCGCCAACGCAACUUGGAGGUGUUGAAAACGGAUUCGUUUGUACGCAGCCGCAAGGAUAUCCGGUCCAAACUGUACCGGGAAAUUCGAACCGUUCUGAAGCGACUGGAGGAUUUGGAUAUGCUGGAGUAAGCUUGGGGUACUUUUACAAGAAGUUAUAUAUUUUAUAUUGAUUUAUAGUUGGAUGUAUCAAUAAACUUGCCAGG